UAAUCAGGUGAUUUUAUUCCUGGCACUCACCAUGCGGUGGCUUCUCUAUUGUCUCUUCGUGGCCUUGGCAGCAAGCCAGAGCCUGGAUUAUGAGCCCACCUUAAACCCCCAAAAGACAUAUGAAUAUAAAUAUGAGGGGAUGGUAAAUAUUGGGCGCGGUAGACCAGAUCUGGCUGAGUCUGGAGUAAAACUACGGUGCAAUUUCAAAAUCACUGGUGUAUCAUUGCAAACUUUUCUGUUUCAGAUUGCCAAUGUAACCUUUGAGGAGUUUAAUGGAAUCCCAGGAGAAGACUCAUUCAAAGUGUCACCUACUCUUACUAAACGUUUGGCAGCUGAACUCACCAAACCCUUCACUUUUGACUACACAAAAGGAAAAGUGAUUGACAUUAAAUCAGGACCUGAUGUCUCCAACACUAUUGUGAACAUGGUGCGAGGUAUUCUAAGGUUUCUGCAUGUUACAGUCAAAACUACCCAGCGGGUUUAUGAGCUUGAUGAGAUGGGAAUUCAUGGUAUCUGUCACAGUGCUUAUGUUGUUGAAGAGAACGUAGCGGCUAAGGAAUUGCAUCUAACCCAAAACAUUGACAUUAAAAACUGCCAUCAGAAAGCAGAAAUAUAUCAGGGGAUGGCACUUGCUCAUGAAAGUAAAAACAGCAAAGAAAGAGGUGAAAAUGUGGUUGCUACUGUGAAAUAUGAAUAUACAUUAAAGUCUGUGGAAAAAGGUGGCCUCAUUACAAAGGCAUCAGCACAAGAAAGGCACUAUUUCUCUCCAUUCAAUGUGAAGGGUGGCAACUCGAAACUGAAAGCCGCCUGGAACAUUGAGCUCCUCAGACAGACCAACAGUGUUGGCAAACCUGUGACAGGUCAAGUGAGAAGCAGAGGAAAUCUGAUAUACAAAGCAGAGAAAGGUCUAGGACCAAUGCCUAUUCUGAUGAUCAGUCUUAAUAACCCAGCUCCUAGGAUUGCAGAAAUGAUAAAACGUUUGGCUGAGGAUCAUAUCUACCAAGUCAACGCUGCUACGAGUGCUGAUGUUCUUAAGCUUAUUCAAUUGCUCCGUGCAACUAGUUAUGAAGAUCUGGAGCUUUUAUGGAAACAGCUAUCAGGAAAUGAUGAGCACAGGAGGUGGUUUCUAGAUACAGUUGUUGAGGUGACAGAUGCCAGGGUGCUAAAAUUCCUAAAAAGCAGAUUCAAAGCUGGAGACAUUUCUGCAAAUGAGGCUGGACAGGCAAUUCUGGUGGCAUUUAACCAUUUAUCUGCUGAAACUGAACUAGUAGAAAUGGCACAGGAGUUUUUGUCCAUCCCAUUUAGUAAGUCUAGUCUUAUGCUAUGGAAAAGCAUCAUCCUUUCAUACAGUUCUUUGGUAUACAGAGUCUGUCAUCAUGUGAACCCCUGCCCAGUCUUUGCAGUGCAGCCGCUGCUCGAUUUAGCCACUAAUGGACUCACUCAAGGCACUGAUGAAGACAUGGUGAUUGCUCUCAAGGCCUUGGGAAACGCUGGACAUCCAUUAAGCCUUAAGACAAUAAUGAAGUUCCUUCCUGGAUUUUCUGUCAAAGCUGAUAGCCUUUCCACUAGGGUACAGAGUGUGGCUGUGCAGUCACUCAGACACCUCGCAAUCAGAGAUCCAUAUAAUGUCCAGGACAUCGCCCUGACAAUAUUUGCACAAAGGACUGUUCAUGCUGAAAUAAGAAUGCUAGCUUCUAUGAUCCUCCUGAAAACUCAGCCAUCUUUAGCAUUAAUCUCUACACUGACUGAGCUUCUGCUCCAGGAAACAGAUUCCGAGGUUUCAAGCUUCAUUUACUCACAACUCAGAGGCAUCGCAAAAUCACGCAUCCCUGAUUAUAGUUACCUCUCAACUGUUUGCAAUAUCGCAGUCAAAAUACUUUCUCCAAAACUUGGUUGGCUAAGUUACCGACUUAGUAAGGCACUACGCUAUGACUGGUUCAGAGAUGAUCUUUUGACGGGAACAUCCAGGACGCUGUAUUGGCUAAAAAAUAGUACAAGUGCCUUACCCACACAAAUCCUUUCUAAUGGAAAGCUUUACAUGACUGGAAGAGUAUUUCAACUUCUUGAUCUUGGCGUACGUGCCGAGGGCCUCAAUGAGUUAUUCGUAGGCAGCCCUCGCAUUUCCAAGGAUUUUGGAGCUACUGAUUUUGCAGCUAUCAUGAAAAUUCUCUCAGAUUGGCAGGCCCACCCUAAACACAAACCUCUCUUAUCAGCAUCUGUGAGACUCUUUGGGCAAGAGAUUGCAUUUUUUGAUUUAAAUCAAGAUGCUGUUCAAAGAACACUGAAGUCUCUUAGUCUUACUGCAAAUGAAGACAAUAAACUCUGGCAUCUUGUUCAACGACUACAAAAAGGAAUAUCAUGGCAUUGGACGAAACCAUUCCUUAUGUUAGAAACAAGAUUUAUUCAGCCAACCUGCCUUGGCCUCCCAGUUGAAAUCAGCAAAUAUUAUUCCACAUUAGCAGCUGUUACUGUAAAUGCCAAAGCUAACAUUAACCCACCUCUGAAAGAAAGCCUACAUGAAUUGAUUAAUGCAGACAUUUCUGUAGAGACAGAUGGAUUUGCUGGAGUGGAAAUAGAUUAUUUUGUUUUCCACGGGAUCAAUACAGAACUCUUUCAGUCUGGUGUCCAAGUAAAUGGCAAGACAAGCAUAUCUUUGCCUUGGAAAGCUGGCUUGAAAAAGAACGUAAAAGAGAAGAAUUACGAGGUCACUUUUCCUCCAUGCAUGAAGCCCACAGAGUUCUUCAAAGUCAAAUUCGACAUAUAUACAGUGUCAAGAAAUAUUGAAGAUCCAUCAUCGGCUAAAAUGACUCCAGUGAUACCAGAGCACAGAAAUCCUGAGCAAGGUUUUGCCACGAAAGACACGUACCAUGGCAAGGAAUAUCAGGUAGAACCAUUGGAGAUUUACAAACCAAAACUGAGGUACUGUGCAGAAUUAAGCUCUUAUGGAGCUGCAAUGUGCACUGAACUGGAAGCCAAACGGGUCCAAAACCUUAAAGACCAGCCUCUUUACUACUUAUGGGGAUACACUCUGCUUUCAUUUAAACUUGAGCCAGUGAAGUCUGCUAAGCCUGUAGAAAAGAUCAAAAUCCAGAUAAGUGCUGGGCAUCACAAACACAUUUCACACUACAAUCAACUGCUGUCUGUCACUCAGGAAAAUUCCAAGGAAAGAAAAAGCCAUAGCUUGAUGCAUCGAGCAAGAAAACCUAAGGGUGUUGAUAUCAAUUCCGAUCAUGUGAUCGCCUUGAAAGUGCUGGCUCUCAGUCCUAACGUGGCACCACUGGGGUAUGAAACCACUGUGUAUUACACACCAGACACACAGAAGGAUGCCAUUGAAAUCAUUAUAUCUGAGGCUGCUGAAGAGGCAAACUGGAAAAUAUGCAUAAAUGCCGAUGUUGACAAGAUUCAAACAGGAGCAAAGACCCACCUCAAAUGGGGAGCUGAGUGUCAGUCGUAUGAAGUAUCACUAAAUGUUACUACCAGAAAAGAAUCAAAACCCACUGUCAAAGCUGAUGUUAGUUGGAGAGAUGUUCCUGCAUUUAUCCAAAUAUUCAGCCAAAGAGUUCGGGAGUAUCUCCCAGGUGCAUCGUAUGCCUGGGGGUUCAGUCAGAAACAUGAGAAAAAUACUGAGCACAAAGCUUCAGCAACAUUUCAGGCUUCUGCUCAGGGUGGAUUUGAUGUUGAAGUCAAAAUUCCAGAGCUGACUGUGUAUCGCAAAGGAAUCUCCUCUCCAUUUGAUAAUGUGGGAGUUGAAAAUGCGGAAAAAUGUUCUAUAUAACUGCUAUUUACUUUCUUGUUGUAUAUCACACUGCAUUAAUUACAGUAAAAUCCUCAAAUAAGCAAAAUUAGAAACAAAAUUAAAAGUUCUAACACCAGCUAUAUCUUAAUUAACUAAGGCUCAUAGAUUAUUUUAUGUUAAAUGUUUUGAUUCUGAUUAUUUUGAUGUAAUUUAUUAGAUAUCUCAUUUCUAUCCAAAUAAUGUUCAUGAUAAAUAGCUAAGAUGUUUUCUUAUAUGUAAUAGUAACAGAUUAAUAGAUUAAAACACUUACUUUCAUUUUGAUGCAUAAUAACACAAAGUGUGAAUACAUUCAAAUUACAAAUAUUUUCUUCGAGCAAUACUCAGCAAUACUGGCAAUUGUUAAUGUGCUGAAAUAUUUUUUCCUGAUCAUUAUUUACAUCCUGAGCAUCAGGCCUUAAAUAUCUUCAUUCGCUUUAUAAAGAGGAUGCACCUGAUUGCUCAGUGCUGAGAAUGUAAUGAUAAUGAUGGAACAAAAUAAAUGUAUGUAAUUA